AGUGGUAUCAGAAAAUUUGAUUUGAGGCUAUUUAACAAAUUAGAUAUAUCGUAUACAUCAUGAUAUAUCUAAUUUGUUAAAUCUUGCAUUAUAACUUUAUAGCCGUGAGAUAUAGUGAUUGGUUUCAUGUAACAUUUGUAUUAUUUUACUUUAAAAUUCUUAUUUUUGAGAUUUCAAAACAAAGCCCACAAUCAACAACAAUUAUCAUAUAACAUUCUCAAAAGGUUGUAGGUUUAACUGGUAAACUAAUUCAUUACAAAAACAGUGAAGAUAUUUUAAUCAAUAACAAAAUGUUUAAAUUGGUUUUUAAAUAUAAUUCGAGUGAUAAUUAGUCAUUAACAUUAAUUGAAUGGCCAUAUUGUAAGACUUCUAAGUAAUGCUGUUGUAACAUAGGUGAACAAACCUUAAGCCAAUUAAAAUACAAUAAAAAAGAAGACACAUCCUGUACUGUGAAUACACAUUUUUUAAUGUAUAAUUAUCAUAAUUCACUAUGACACCUGAUGACACUCAACCUAUAGUUCAAUAUGGAUCAAUUGAAAGAAGAGAUUUAUUCUUUGAGCUUGAUAAACAAAGGUUAAAUGCAGAUCCUGAUUUUGAACAGGUAGUAUAUGGCUACCGAACUACAAGAUGGAGAAGUUUUGUAACAUAUCUUUUCUCAAUUCUAACUUGCGGUAUACCAUUUUUGAUAUUUCAUUGGGUACCCAGAUUGAAGCUAUAUGCAACAUCUGUUUGCAGCAACUUCCAGGAGGCUGAUCAAGUCUUAGUUAUUGAAACUUACCAAAAGAAAUGUAAAAGUCAUUACAUUCACAGAAUAUUAAUAAAAAAUAUAAAUGAUCCUAAUGGGUUGUUAAAUGCAGGAUUCGAAGAGGAAUAUGAAAGUGAGAAAAGUCCUAUUGAGAUUGAAGACACAUUACAUACACCUAUACAUUUAGAUGAUGGGAGUACAAUGAAUGUACAACAAUACAACUACUUUAAUCACAAAAAGCAAUGUCUAAUAUGGGAGCCGAUACGAGCACAGUGGAUUAGGUUAGCUGGUGUGGAACGAGGUACUACUUGUUCCCAAAUUCAUACCAUGGCAUCGAGACCACCUUGCUCUGAACGUAGACUACGAAUGUUAAACACCUAUGGGCUUAAUGAAAUCAAAGUUCCCGUACAAUCGAUUCUGACUCUCAUCCUCCUGGAAGUGUUCAAUCCGUUCUAUGUCUUUCAACUAUUCACGAUUGCAGUCUGGUUGGCUGAACCAUACUACUUCUACUGCCUUGCUGUAGUGCUAAUGUCUACUUUUGGUGUUGCCACUUCUGUUAUACAGACUAAAAAGAAUCAACAAAGCCUCCGUGCCACAGUAGAAGCUCACGAUACAGUAGAAUUAAGGGGCGGGCGUCGAGUGGACAGUAAGGCUUUAGUACCAGGAGAUGUGGUAAUACUGCCAGCACACGGCUGUAUGUUGCACUGUGACUUGGCUUUGCUUACCGGGUCUGCUAUCGUCAAUGAGAGCAUGUUAACUGGUGAAUCCGUCCCUGUAACUAAAACGGCUUUACAACGCUUAGACAAAGAGUUUGAUGUCAAAGAGCACAGUUCCAGCAUUCUAUUUUGUGGUACUAAAGUUGAGCAGACGCGGUAUUAUAACAACGAACCCGUUAAAGCCCUGGUCCUUCGAACCGGAUACAAUACAAGUAAGGGUCAGCUAGUUCGCAGCAUAUUAUACCCUGUACCAGCUGACUUCAAAUUUGACCGAGAUUCUUACAAGUUCAUAUUUAUUUUGGCUUGUAUUGCUGUUUUGGGGCUCGCUUAUACCGUUGGGUUGAAGGCUUACAGGUCGCUAACAAUCCGCGACAUAGUAAUAAAGGCGCUUGACAUUAUAACAAUUGUGGUACCCCCGGCGUUACCUGCUGCAAUGACUGUUGGCAGAUUAUACGCUGUCUCGAGAUUAAAACGCGCGCGUAUAUCGUGCCUUAAUACUAGGGCUAUCAACGUCAGUGGAUCGUUGGAUUGUAUUUGUUUUGAUAAGACAGGAACACUUACAGAAGAAGGCCUAGAUAUGUGGGGGGUGGUUGCUGUGAGUUCAGCGACGUCCCCCCCACUUUUGGGAAGAGCACAAAGGGAACCCAAAAAAUUAAACGAUAUACACGAAUUAAAGAUUGGUAUGGCGUCAUGCCAUAGCUUGACGUUGUUGCAUGGCGAGCUGGCUGGAGAUCCUUUGGAUCUGAAGAUGUUCGAAUCAACCGGCUGGUUGCUAGAAGAGCCAGAUGUACCAGAGCUGUCUAACUAUGAAGUUUUGACGCCCACUAUUGUAAAACCGAAAGGUUCUGCAAAUAUUAAUAUUGACGAUUUACAUAUGCCUCUAGAAGUGGGUAUAGUACAACAAUAUCAGUUUGUAUCGUCCUUACAACGGUCUUCAGUAGUGGUUCGACUCCUGGGGGAGGACGUACUCAGGGUGUAUUGUAAGGGUGCGCCUGAAAUGUUAAGAACCCUGUGUAGACCUGAGACUGUUCCAGGGAAUCUUAAUGAAGUUUUGAGUUCCUAUGCGGAGAAGGGAUAUCGGGUGAUUGCAAUGUCGACACGAUUACUUGAAGUCACUCACAAACAACUGCAGAAAAUGGAUAGGCAAGAGGUGGAAUGUGAGUUAGAGUUCCUAGGUCUAGUCAUAAUGGAGAAUCGUCUCAAACCGGCAACGACGGGUAUUAUACGCGAACUCAAAGAGGCCAAUAUUCAUGUUGUCAUGAUCACAGGUGAUAAUAUCCACACAGCAGUAAGCGUAGCAAAGGAAUGUGGUAUACUUGAGAGUGUGGAACGAGUCGUCCAUCUGACGGUACAUCAGUCAGGUGGACAACCAGCUUUAUACUGCCAGAGUAGUAUGCAAGGGGUCCCAAUGGGAGGUUUGAUCCCAUUUGAAGGCUCGUACAGAAUGGAUGAUAGUGGGGUGGGAUCGUGGGAAGAAAAUUGUAGGAGUGGGCGCAGGACGAGAAGAGAUGUAGAAGAACCACAAGGUGUCAGCUACAAGUUGGUGAUGACCGGAGAUGCUUGGAGGACGCUCCGCGCUCUUCACCCGGAAAGCGUUGGUCCGGUGGUGGAACGCGGUGCAGUAUUUGCCCGCAUGUCUCCCGAACAGAAGCAGCAGUUGAUCACAGACUAUCAAGCUUUAGGUUAUUACGUUGGCAUGUGUGGAGAUGGAGCAAACGAUUGUGGCGCCCUCCGCGCUGCCCAUACCGGCAUUUCCCUAUCUGAACUAGAAUCCAGUGUCGCGGCACCCUUUACUUCCCAACAUCCAGAUAUUGUCUGCGUUUCCAGGGUUCUACGCGAGGGACGGGCGGCCCUAACCACAAGCUUCGGCGUUUUCAAAUUCAUGAUCGCAUACUCCCUUACAGAGUUCCUCUCGGUCGCCUUUCUCUACUAUUUCGACGCGAAUCUAACAGAUUUCCAGUUUCUAUACAUAGAUGUCGCUCUAAUCGUGAACUUUGCUUUCUUCUUCGGCAUGACCGAAGCGUACACGGGCAAACUUUCUAAGUUGCCACCCCUAACGUCCCUAUUGGGGAUAGUUCCAUUAGUCAGCUUGAUUGGGCAAAUGUUAUUGAUUAUGGUAGCACAAUAUUUGAGUUAUUUGACGUUAACGUACUUCCCCUGGUACGUGCGGCAUACGUACGAAGGGGAAGAGGCUAACAAGUGUUGGGAGAAUUAUGCGGUUUUCACGAUAUCAAUGUUUCAGUAUAUAAUUCUAGCGAUUGUAUUCAGUCAUGGAGCGCCGUAUAGGCGAUCGGUGUUCACUAAUAAACAGUUAAUGAUUAGCAUUCUUUUAAUGACGGGUAUUGGCAUUUAUAUAACAGUUGCGCCUGCGCAGUGGUUAUCUGACUUUUUAGAACUUCAAAUGCCUAAAGAUUUGUUAAUGGCGUAUGUUGUCUUGGCCCUCGCUGCGCUUAACCUUGUAUUAGCUUUGUUCUUUGAGCGAAUUAUAGUUCAAUACUUAAUGGAGAGGAGGAGAGUUAUACCAAAGUGUAUAAAAGAAAGACAAGUGAGAAAAACGCCACAUUUAAUGAUCAAAAGGCAGUUGUCUGAAAUGGAUUAUUUAGAGGGGCAAACAUCUAUUAAUUAUGACGUAGAAGGAAUAAAGUCAAGGGAGGGUAGAUGAAAAAUAUUCAUGUCGUGUUUGAGGACACGCUCUGCAUUAAACCGUCGACUUUGGUCGCGGUGGAAAUUUAUAAUACAUUCCGUUAUUGUAUUUUUAUUAGUUUACUAUUUAUUUUAUUUUUUUGAAAUUAUUUGACUUUAUUGAACCGUAAUUUUGAAAAGCAUUUUUUUUAAUUUGAUUACUUUGUGUAUUAUGAAAUGGUGCAUAUUUUAUAGAUUUUUCUCAAUUUAAAUAGGUAUUGAGGAGGCGAUCAUAGUAGUUCAAACUGUCGUCUUUCCGAUUCCUAUAGAUCUUUUAAUUUAUUAGUAACUCCCUUACCGAUAAACUCCUCUGAAACCGUGUUUAAAAUUCACUAAGUAACCGAAUUCAGAGUAAAGAGGGCUUUAAAAUAUUAAAAUCGAAACAACAGUUUCAACCAAUGUUUCUUAACGUGGGACCCAAGACCCACAUAGGGGCUAUUUGAUUUUUAAGGGGUGCUUUUCGAAAUUUUAAUUAUUUUUUAAAACUCUUAUACAGUUAAACAACGUUUACAAUUUUUUAAAUCUAUUAUUUGUAAUUUUACUUUCUCAUUAUAUUUUUUAAAAUCGACUUACUGUGCUUCGUUAAAAAUUUUCAAGUAAUUUCUUCCUAAAACCUAUCAUUUAAGUAUCUUAAAUAAUUUCUAAAUUAAUUUCCUUAAUUCUAUUUUAGAUAUUAAAAAUUGUGUAUUGUCCAUUUGUCACAAUAAUUUUAGAAAGUACGAAGUAGGUUGGGAAACACUGUUUUAAACCUAUUGAGAGUCAAGAUUAUGUUGUUAUGUUAAAACGACAUAAAUGUCUAUUACAUUUAUGAUAGAGAAUGUUGCCAUAAAAAUGUGUUAAUUGAGGCCACCUAUACGAUUUUAUCAGUAAGAUUUUUUUAAACAUUAUUUAGAAGUUCUAUUAAGAUGUUUUAAUAACUUUUUUUCAUCGGUAAGGGUGUUUGUAUAUUUUAACCGUGUUCAAUGUAUGUGAGUUUUAUCUUUAUUGAAGCACAGUGUGAUAAUUAACAUAAUUAAGUGCCUUAAUAGUUUUAAGAUAUACAAUGGGAAGGAGUAUGUUAUUUUCUUAACGUUGGUCAUAAAUCAUACACAAAGAUUUGUAUUUUUUAUCAAAUCUUAUAUGUUUGAGCUAAUUAAUUAUUGUUUGUAAAACCGACACACAUACACUCUCGAAUUCAUGUCACCUUUAUUAUAUGGUACAGACAUUGGCUGAGCCAUCAUCGGCUGUUAAUAGUAAAAUCAGUUACAGAAAUAACUGAUUACUAUUUUUACAAAUACAGUACUAUAUUUAGGCUUUGUUUUAUUCGCCUGACUCCAUUGUGAUACGAAUAUAAUAUAUGUUAUAUUGGGCUUUGGUUGCCCUUUAUUUUUGACAUACUAUUAUUACAAGUCUAAAUGUUUUGUCAUACUCAAUUGAGUGGCAUUAUGAAAAAUGAGACUAAUUCGUUAUUUUACAAACAACACUGAAAUGUGAUUGAUGCGUCUGUCUUGUGAAAUUUUAUUAAACACAUACAUAUUCAGUAAAAAUUAUUUAAAGUGAUAAAAUCAUUAAUCAUAAUUAAUUAUAUAUUCGUCUAUGUAAUGUGAAAUAUAAAUAAGCAAGAGUAGUGAAUAAGUAUAAAUUUUAUGUGGAUAAAGCAAUAUCUUGUAAUAAUCUUGUUAUUCUGAUAUUGUUUUUGUAACUGUAUGGGAAGAUUUGAAAAAAAAUGGUUUCUAUAAAUUGUUUUUGCUUCUUCAAUUUUGAUCAUAGUGUGAAAAGCAUGGAUUUAUUUAAAUGCAGAGAAUUUGAAUCUAUUUUCCUAACUUCUGUAUAAUAUUCUGUAAAAGCCUGUCAAUUAUUAGAUGCUUAUAUUAAUAAUAACUUAAGUGUUUCUGAAACUGUACCCAUUUAUUGUGAUUGCAUUAUUAAUCUUAAAUAUUAUCAUAUGUUUCAAAUGUAUAAUGGGUGUUGAAAUUGUAUUAUAUAACAAAUUGCCUAAAUUGAAAUUAUUAAUUUAUAAGUGCUGUUUUAUUUUCCCUAUAACUUUCUAAUUUAUGAAAAUUGUUUUACAAGCACUGAGGAGUUGUUUAUAAAUGAAAACUUAGAUACACUUUAAGUAGAUGUGCAAAAUAUAAAAUAAUAUUAAAAAGAAAAUUAUUUAUUUAAAAUAAAUCAGUCUCAAUAAUCACUGUUAGUUGUAAACUAAAUUACAAGUUUAUGGGAAAUAUUUUACAUUACUUAAAUAAAGUGACGUUCUAUUUUUUCUCUUCCACUUCCUUUUCUUCCGCUUUCGAAUCAUCCUUGAUUUCCUUUUUAACGGGACCGGUUUGUUGAAUUGGGACCUGCCUUUCAUUCUUUGUAAUAUCUCGAACCCUGGGUGCGGUGACGGUUAACACGCCAUCAGAUGAGAGACGAGAUUCCACAGACUCGGGUCGACAUCCAUCAGGUAAGGCGUAUCGGCGAAGGAAUUGCCUAGAAAUGUAUCCAUGUUCAUCCUUCUUUUCUUCAUGUUUCCCUUCCA